CUGUUGGAGCGACUCAUUUCCUUGGCUUCACAACAGCUAGUGAUGGAAGGGGUGCCAACUAUGUUGCAGUGCAGAUUACAGAUGUUGAUGAGUUGCUGGUGCCAGGUGGCUUGUCUUUCCAAGACACUGAUGCGAUCGCCAUGCAGAUCGGUGGCACCGUCACCAUCCAGCGGGCAGCCAGCAGCUCUGGAGUUUCCGCCUACAAUUUGUACCUCAGCAGCGGAGCUUGUACUGCGGUGGGCAGUGCCAUUGCCAACAUCCCCGUCUCACCGGGUGGUGGUCCCACCUGCUUUGAGGGCAGUAGCUGUGCUAUGAUCACCAUUCUUCAAGAGACAGCAGGUCAAUGGGUCAUCAGUCGAGGCAUGGAUGGCUAUGAAAACCAUGAGCAUGCAAUCAUCCAGGUGGAAGGUCCCGGUUUGGUGCACUUCACGCGCUUCGAGACCGAGCGCAGCUACGACAUCCUCCGCGUGGGCUCCGCGAGCUUCUCGGGCACCACGGUGCCUGCGGACGUGGAGCUGGGCGCCGGGCGGCAGGAGAUCGAGUGGGUCUCGGACUUUUCGGUGACGAUGCGCGGAUGGGCGCUGAGCUUCCAAUCCUACAGCACUUUUGGAGACAUCUCCUAUAGUUUACCCUCCACGGCCUUCGAUGGCACCGUGAACAGCAUGAUCGUGUUUUCAGUGGCCAAUGGAGCAGAAUAUACGGCGUCGUGUGCUGCAACGGCAGUCGCUGAUUUUGCGCCUCCAAACCAAAGUCCUCAAAAUCUCUGGUUCGAAGAUACGAAUCCUUCCAGUGGGCGUGUGGCAGGCACCGUGACCAUUCUGCAAGCUCGGAGUCAUUCUGGAGUCUCAGAAUAUCGCGUGUACUGGGGACAGAACUCUUCCACAAUUCUGCCCGGAAGCUCUGUGGUGCUCGUUGUGCCUGCCACCACCGCAGGCACGAACUUGACUGUGAGCCUCAAUGAGACGGUCCUUCCAACGAAUGCCACGCAUCUCUUGGCCUAUUCCGCUUCCAGCCAGGGCGAAUCCGUGUCUGGCGUUAGCGCAGAGGUGAUUGAUUACCACCCGGCCCAAGAGGGCCCGCAGGGUCUGAAUUUCACCGAUGAGGAUGAAAGUGCUGGCUAUGUGAGUGGCACUGCUUAUGGGAUCAGGGCCCAAGACGAGUCCACGAUCGAAGAGUACAAGUUGUACUUCUCCAGUGGUCAGACCAAGAUCAGUUUCAUUGGUUCCGCACCCUCCACCAGCAUCCUGCCGCGGCCGACGUGCAGCGGCAUCACAUGCUCGCAUAUCACCAUCAACGAAGUGGCAGGGGCCUUCCAGGUCUCAAGGGGGUCCUAUGACAAUGAAGAAUUUGCCAACAUGGCCAUUACCGGGCCGGGGCGCUUGCGCUUCACCCUGUUCAUUACGGAGGAAAACUACGACUUUUUGACCGUCAUGGGCACCCCCUACAGUGGAAGUGGUCAACCCAGUGGUCCUCCAGAGGAGAUCUACAUCCCAGAAGGAACCCAUGAAAUUACUUGGCGCUCGGACUAUUCGGUGACCAUGAGCGGUUGGGUGUUCCUCUAUGAGUCUGCAAGUACAAGUUCCUUGAACAUCCCUGUGCCUCGCAGCGCGAUCCCCGCAGGUGCCACCGACUUGCUGAUCGUUUCAAGCUCCAGCGGUGGAGAGAUGGCUCAGGGAGCCACGACGCCACUGGUAGAUUACAAUCCGCCACAGGUGGUGCCUGAAUCGGUGGAAUGUGUCGAUAGUGACAACAGCAUCGGAUAUCUGCAGGGCACCUGUACCGUGGAGCGCGCCAGUGAUGAAAGCAAUGUGAUCGCCUAUGAGGUCUUCUUCGGCAACGUGACCGGUGCUCCUUGGGUCGCCUUAGGCUCCUUGGGUCGCUUGGCUGUCACUGGGUUAACCGGGACAUCUGCCGUGGUCACGAUUCCACGCGUGGCCGUGAGGCCGGGUGCCUCGCACUUGGUGGCCGUGGCGGUGGGUGCGGGUGGCAUCGCAGCUCGUGGUGCAUCAACAGCUUUGGUGGACAACAUCGGAUUGACCUUGUCACCGCAAAGCUUAGAUGAGCUGGGAACUCCAAACUCCCUCCACAAUGUCUCCAUUCAAUUGAGCAAUGCUGCAAGUGCAGCCACCACACUAAGCAUUGAGCUCAUCAUGGAAGAUGCUUCGGCCGAAAGUGGUGACGCUUCGACCAACUCAGGGACAUCCGGUGCUUCCAGCCUCUCCUCCAGCUCCUUGCCCGCAGCAUGUUUGGACGCCUCGCACGCUGGAAGCAGUUCCAAGCACCGGCUCAUCUACAAGAUGAAGGGAGUGACCAAAGGAUCUGGAACGGCUCGGCGUUUGCGUGAAGCGCAUGCGCGCAAGCUUGAAAGCACCCAUGGAGCCAAAGUGAAGAACUUGCACAUUGGCCAGCUGUCAUUUGCCGAGACCAAGAAUCGUUCAGUGCAAAGCUAUUGCAGACUCUAUGCAGAACUCAGGAAUGACCCCAUGGUAGAGUUUGUAGAAGAGGAUCAGCAAUGGUUUCCACUUGGCAGAGCUCAGACCGACUUCGAUUUGUUCCUCCCUGGUGGCAAAGCACCAAAGUCUGAGCUUCGCCGAGGCCAUAUGCAUCGAAGAGGUCAAUGUAGAAGCUGUGGUUCGAAGACCGCUAGAGCGAGUCAUCCAAACGAUCCAGAAUAUGAUGACAUGUGGGGUUUGCAUCAGUCCAAUGACAAUGAUAUUGAUGCUCCAGAGGCAUGGAGUAUUCACAAGGGCUUGUCUGGUCGAGUGAUUGUUGCGGUCCUUGACACAGGAGUAGACUAUAACCAUGAAGACUUGAGGAAUCAGAUGUGGAGAAAUCCUGGAGAAAUUCCUGGAGAUGGCAUCGACAAUGAUGGCAACGGCUUCGUGGAUGAUGUCUAUGGCUACGACUUCUACGAGGAUGACGGGGAUCCGAUGGAUGGGAAUGGGCACGGCACACAUUGUGCAGGCACCAUUGGUGCAGAAGGUGGCAAUUCCAUCGGGGUUGUGGGCGUGACCUGGAAGCCGCAGAUCAUGGCCUUGCGCUUUUUGGGUCCCAAUGGUGGUAGCACCAUCGAUGCGAUUCGAGCUUUAGACUAUGCGGUGCAAAUGGGAGCUCACAUUACUUCCAAUAGUUGGGGUGGAGGUGGCUUCUCCGUCGGUCUUGAAACAGCCAUCAAUGAAGCAGCGGCUGCAAACCAAUUGUUUAUCGUGGCGGCUGGAAACGAUGGACAGGACAAUGAUGUGGUGUCAACAUACCCUUGCAACUACAACUUGCCCAACAUGAUUUGCGUGGCAUCCACCGAUCGAAGCAAUGACAUGUCAUCUUUCUCCAACUGGGGUGUGAACAAUGUGCACAUCGCAGCUCCAGGCUCCAGCAUCCUGAGUACCUACACCAACGGAGAGUACGUCUCCUUGUCCGGAACCUCCAUGGCCACGCCUCACGUCUCUGGAGUGGCAGCCUUGGUCCUGGACUAUGUCCACAACAUGCCUUUCACGGAGCUGCGCAAUGUGAUCUUGAAUUCCGCGGUGCCCUAUGCCAAGUUCGCCUCCAAAGUCUCGACCGGAGCGCUGUUGAAUGCCCAUGCCGCGCUGGCGAUGGCCGGCGAGUUUGCAUGGAUUCGGAUGUUCGGCAGCGCCAUCAGCGCUGGCACCGUGACGAUUCCAGCUCAGGGAUCGACUACAGUGGUGUUGCAACUGGGUGGGACUGGCCUAGAUUAUGGGGAGUAUCGUGCUCGGCUGCGAAUCUGGGGUGUCUUCAAUGAGGUUCUCUAUUCGCGCGAGGUGCCCAUCCUCUACACCCUCCACAACUUCACUGGACUUCCAGCCUUCGGCGCCACGGACCUCCAGUUCGCAGAUGUGGAUGGUCGACGGGGCAUGAUCUCAGGUGCUCUGACCAUCACUCGUGCCACUCCGGAGCAGGAAGCGACCUUCUCGCAAUACCACGUCUUCUGGGCGGGAAGCUCGCAGAACCGCUUGUUCGAUGUUCCGUUGGCCGCGCUGGACACCGGAAACGUUCUGCGUGAUGACUUUGCCAUCUUCGACUCCACCUUUUGGUCCCUUCCACAUGGAAGUGAUCCCUCCUCCUGGAUUACCAAUGUCUCGGUCUCCAACGGGGCAGCGGUCUUCUCGAACCAAUACAGCCACGCUCACUUGACCUUGGCCCGGCGUUUUGCGCCGCCCUUCACAGUGAAGACCAAAGUGAAGAAAAGUAGUGGUGCCUUGGCACACAUGGUGGUGCAGAUUGGUGGGACCGAUGUGAAUCUCUUUGGUUCUGGUGGGAUCCGUGCGGUGUUCCUCGGAACUCAGAAAGUCUUGAUUUCUCCCGAGGGUGUGUAUGCAGCAGCACCUUGCACCUUGGGCACAUGGUUCGAAGUGACUAUCACUGUGCGGGCCACUUCAGUGACUUUUGCCGACAACCAGGGAUGCCCAGAGAUUGUACAAGCCAUCUCAAGUUCCGAGUCCACGAAAAGCAUACGCAUCGGUGCAGACUGUACUGGAGACUGUGCCACGAAUGGUGGCAGUGUUUGGGAAUACUUCGAGGUAUCCGGCGGCUUGUACGCCACCUUCCACGUGCCUGAGAACACCUUGAUUCCCAGCGAUGCGACGGGAUUCGUGAUCCAUGGCUGGAACUCUUUGGGUUUGAACCCCAGCGGCUACUACGAGGCCUUUGCCGAUCACCGCGUGGCCAAUCGCGCCACGUCCCCCAGCGAGGUCCUGGGCAGUGCGCCCAGCACCGGAACGUUGACGGUGUCGUGGACACGUGGAGCUCUCAAUGAUUGUACUGGGCUUUUCAUGCGCUAUGAGGUCGUCGCACAGAUGGUGGAUCAAAGUGAUUCACAGCAGUCCUGGUUUGAACCAAGUGGCUGUCAAGGAUUAGUGAGUCAGACCUCUGAGAGCUGUUUGGCCUCAGGCUUGAGCAGUGGAACUCCUUAUCAGUUCAAGGUCCGUGUCUUGUGCAGCUUGGAGGAGACUCAGAGCUUGUGGAGUGAGAUCUCACCGGCAGUGGUCACCUUGCCUUCGCCUGCAGCUGCUCCCACAGAAGUUCGAGCUCGAAUUCCAGGCUCCAGCACGUUGCUGGUGUCCUGGCUUUCUGGAGUGCUGAAUGACUGCGAAUUCGUGGAGUCUGGCGUGGAGGCCCAAGAAGUAGGGCAAAGCGUUUGGUUCGCGCCACAGGGGUGCACAGGACUGAGCUUAAAUGCGUACCACUGCCAAGCCGAAAGUUUGAAUGCUGAUACUCAGUAUAUCUUCCGUGUACAAUCCAGGUGUACUGAUCCGUUGGCUUCCAGUCCCUACAGUGUCUCAAGUGUUCCAGAAUCUACCUUGGCCACACUUCAAUCCUGGGAAGUGAGUCAGCGCCGUGUUUUGUCCAUCAACAUGAUCUCCCCGGUGAGCUACAACGAUGUCAUGACAUCCGCGGAGCUCAAGAACGCGGUGAUCUCACGCAUCGUGAGUCAUACUGCCGAAGGACUGAAUGUGCAAGCAUCCAGGGUGAAAGUGGAGAUUAUGGCCGGGCAGGCCUCUGGCACCUCCCGACGCCUUACCACGGGCGCCGCCACAGUCUUCGCUGUGACGGUGGAGGGCGCCACGCAGAGUGACAACGAAACGUCCAAUCAUGUGAUCCUUGGUGUCUCCAGUGCGCUCCAAGCCGAGGCAGGAAUCACUGCCACUUUGGCCCUGACAAGUACCUCAAGCCUAACUCCAGCCACUGCGCCGGAGAAGAUUGCUUGGCAGGAGUUGGGAGACAAUCGUCUUCAACUGAACUGGAAUGUGCUGCCCUUGGGAGAUUGCAAUUUCCUGGCUUGGCACGUGCUGGCACACAUUGGAAGCACCGCGGUUCCAGUGGCUGGUUGCACCCAGCUGCUCAACCUCUCAAAACCGGAAUGCGUGGCCUUUGGCAUGGAUGAGACAGACUCACAUAGGUUCACGGUGGACGUCAUGUGUGGCAAUCCUGCGGCAAACAGUGAUCUCUCUGAAGAAAGUGAUGUAUGGCCUUCCGCACCGGUUGCUGUACUGGGUGGAACCUUGACUGCAAAACCAUCAGUUGCAAGGCCUUGUGACCAAGUGGUUCUACUGCUCUUUGCCACGGGAGCUGCUGAACCCAUUCAGAAGCAGUGGACGCUGAGUUCCGGAUCCCAAUCCUUCUCUUCCAUCCUCCAAAGUGUGCUCGAAGGCGCCACCGCUGCAUCGGCUUCAACCUUGACGCUUUCCUCCAAGUUGCUGCAAGACUUGUUGGCCGCCAAUUCUGGAGAAAGCUUGGUGCUUGACUUCAUCGUUCAGCUGACCAGUUCCAGUGGUGACUCUACGCAAGUGACUUCCUCUCUCACAAUCGAUGCUGGGACGGAGGACUUGACUCCAAGCAUUAUGGCCUCGGGUCCCACUGAAGUUAGUCAGAACUUUGAAGAGGAACUUCGUCUUGAGGUGGUCACGAGCCUCACAUCGUCCUGUGCCUCGAGUGAUACAAGUCAAAUCCGAUUGAAGACGACUUGGCGAUAUCAAGCAAGCGAAGCGAGUGAUUCCUCUGCAUGGCAGACAUUGGAAGACGCCGGUCUUGUUGAUGCUUCCCCACUGCCCAAUACUCUGCGUCUCUCGGCUUAUGGCUUAGUUCCUGGCAGUCAUCAGUUCCGUGCUAUGGUGGAGGUGGAUGGCUCUGCAUCUCAAAGCAGCUCAAUCACAUACACGGUCCUUGUCACUGAUCCUUUGCCAGAGUUGGAAAUCAUUGGGCCUCGUUCAGUGGGAGCAGGUUGCGGAAUUGAGCUGUCUUGUGCUGUCGCAGGUAGCUUGCACCCUGAAGCAACUCUCAGCUACAAAUGGAUUUGCUUGUUCCCGGCAGAUUGCAAUUCUACAAUUGGCCCAGAACUCGAGGGCAAACGACUCGUGGUGGAUUCUUCUCAAGCUGUCUUGGGAAGUUACAAGUUCGGUGUGACCGUGACCCGACAAAUCCCCAACUUGCCUUCUGUAUCAUCGUACGCGGAGGCCAUUGUGGUCGUGGCCGAAGGUGGACCUUUGCCGGUGGAAAUCUCCUCACCGUGGAGCCGCCUCGAAGCUCUCUCUCAGCAGGCAACGAGCCUGGUGAGUCCGGUCCUGGCACGAGUUGGCACCACAAAUUCAGAGUGUCAGGUUCCCAGCUCCGCCGUCUUCCAGUGGGUGCUGGCCACGGAUGGAGUGACCAAUCGGAUCGUGGCAAGCUUGAACGCGGAAUCCUCGCGGCCCAGUGCAGGCAUCGUUCUAGUGACGACAUCUUCCUUCGAUGGGAGUGCCCUCGAGCCUUCGAUGACCUACGUUUAUGCACUCCUGCGUGCUGACAGUUUCUCACUCCUGCUUCAGGGGGCAGAAUCCGAUUCCUUGCAAGAUGCUGCAGCCUUGGGUCUCUCGAUUUCAAUGUCCCUCCCCUUCGUGGUGGAUGCAGCUCCGACACCGGGAGUCGUGGUGGCGAUUCCCCAGGAGGGCGAGGCUCUGAAGACGCAGUUCACCUUCAGCACCAGUGGUUGGACCGAUGAGGACACCGACUCUCUGCAAUUUGCGUACUAUGUCUUUCCCGUGGACACGAGCUACACCGUCAGCAUGGGCGAAGAUGGACAUCUCAAGUCCAGUCCAGCCUUCCAGCCUCCACAGAUCAACUUUGAUGAUCCCAGCAGCAACGAGUUUUGGACGAAGAAGCAGGGUCUGACAGUUCGAUUGUUUGCUUCCUCACCGAGUGUGUCUGGACGUCGCUUGUCCAACAACGCCUUCUUCACCGUGGUGAGAGCGAAAGACCGGCUGGGAGGCGUCGCUCAAACGACGAUGCUCGGGCCACUGGUGCAGACUCCCACGAACUUAUCCCAGGCAGACUUGGUCAAUGCCUUGGCUGAGUCUCAGACGUCCAACGAUCCGGCACAGAUCCUCACAUCGAUUCAGGUGGUGAUGAGCAUGUCAAGCGAAGAUGCGACGUCCACGUCUUCGUCUGUUGCCAGUGUGGCACUGGAUGCACUGGCGCAGGUCACCACGAUGGUCGAAGCCACGGAUGAUACGCUGCAACAACUUGGAGGGGCGGUGGCUCAGGUGGUAGAAGGAGGCAAUCUGGACACAGAAUCUCUCAUCAAAGCUGCUGAUGUCGUGGGUGACAGUCUGACAUUGGCAUUGACUUCGGGGAAGGGUCUCUCUGCCGCCGCUGGCUCCUCCCUUCUGGGGGGUAUUGCCGCCAUCGGCAAGACCAGCACCUCCGAGGACACCACCGAGGUGAAAUCCGUGUCUACGAAGUUGGUCUCCUUAGUGGCAGACUUGGGAACGGCUGCCAUCACGUCCUUGGCAGAUGGAGCUAAACAGGAGAUCAAUUCCGUGGACGAGAGCGGUCAGGGCAUCAAAGUGGCCGUGGCGAAGCCUUCGCCCUCCGAGGCUGCAGUUGAUGGCUUCAAGCUGAACACGCUGUCCAUUCCGGGCGACGCGGUCGCGGGCCGACGACUCGAUGGCUGCGAGAGUCUGGCGGUUCAAGCGACGGAGUGGCUGAAGACCAACCCAUAUAACUACCGAACAGACAUUGCUGGCGCCACUGCCACGAUUGCGACCAACGCAGAUGUGGUAUCUGUGAAGAUUGACUUUUGCUCCCGAUUGGAACUGUUGCAAGCCACCACAGUGUCCAUUCCCUUACCCGAAGCGUCCGCAGGCGCCGAUCGCGUCGUGCCCAAGUGCGCCCGGUUCGAUCACGACAUCGACGGGUGGACGAUCUUCGAAGUUUCAACAGAGCUGGACAUCGAUGCAGGUCUGGUGAAAUGCUCUUCCACGAAGACGCUGGUCGCUUACACGGUCUUCCUCGACAACGAGGGCGACGAGGGCGACGGCGACACCGCCACGACGGCAGAUGUGGAGACUUCUUCCACGUUGACGCUUCCACAAUCAAAUACCGCGAAAGUGGUCUCUUUGAUGUUUGGCCUCUGGAUCCCUUUGCUGCUCUAGAUGCCGAGUGACCGCUGUUCCAUCCGCGGAUCCGCUCCGACGUACUCCCCGUUCUUCUGCAGGGGCGAUGCUGCAAAAAGGGAGACGAGAAAAUUUGACGACCUGCCUGAAAAGCCAUCCAUCCACGGCAUGUCA